CGCCGGACCCUCGACGGAGCUGACCGAAAUGCGGCUGCGAAUCGGACUCCGUCAGAGCAGAGCAAACGGGCACGCCGCCGAGCGCGCGAAUCGUUGCGACGGAGAGAAGGGAAAGGCGAUUAUCCGAUGUGGGGCCUGCGGGAGGUUGUUCGGUUUGUCGGGUCCCGGGGGUAUGGGCGGGGUAAAAAACUCUGAGGCCAUUUACACGCUGGGAGAAAAAAGAGGAGGAGCGUGUGAGUAACUCUGACCAACGCUCUGCCCGGGAGUCCGGACGAAAUCUGACUUGCUAUCGGCUGCUUUUGGGGCGAGGGCGAAGAGCAAGAGGAGGAAGGACGGAGCGUGGGGCAGGCGCGGGGUCUGGCUCGGCUCCAGGAUUUGAUUCUCGAGCGCGGCCCGUGCUCCGGAUUCAAUCUUGCGCGUCCCGCAGUGGCUGCAGCCGAAGCUCUCGAGGGCGCCGAGACUUUGGUGCUCUGCUUGACUGCGAGCUCGCUGCGUGCGGAGGAGGCCUGCGGAGGCGAGCGGAGUUUCUGUGAUCAAUUCCUUGAUCGAUCUGUUCACUGUGAGCGGUGGUUGUCGUCGUCGUGGCCUCGUUGGGCAUCUUGCUCAGUUGGACCUGCGUGGGAGAAGCAUUAAUUUUGCUUCGUAUGGUGUGCGAGUCACACGCAGUCACCAUUCCUUCUUCUUUCUGCUGCCGUUGCCGCCGCUGCUGCUGACUGUGAACCGAUCUCAAACCUUCCGGAGAUAUCUGCCAUUCUCUUCCUGCGUUCGUUCUCAGACUUCUUGUUCUGGUCUACACUACAUCUCGUUUCGUGGAUUCAAGUUCUCUGAAUGUAGCAGAAUUACGAGCCGGAUCUCGUUUGAAAGACCUCGUAUCUCAUCGUGCCUUUUUCGUUUCCAGCCUACUCUGCCCACGGCUUGAUCAGUUGUUGCUGUCUGUGUUGCUUUACACCCCCUGUCCAAGCUAUACGCGAAUACAAGGCAGUCAAAGUGAACUCCGUUGAGUGCCUCCCUUUGUGCGUGUGUCUUCUUUGUAUCUUCGUACUCUCGUCGCUGAGCGGGACAGAACGGCGUCAAGGCGUACUAGUCAUCUCAGGACUUGCAUUACUCUGGAUUUUUAUCUCCAUGUGGUAGGGAGGGUUUCAGCAGGAAUUCGGUGCCACACUAGUAGAGUUGAGCACCGAUUCCUUGCGUAAAAUUGGGCAAGUAACGCGUGGGCAUACCACUGCCGGGGACCGCAUCUGGGGAAUUAGGUUCAAUUUGCUUGGUAGAGAGAAAAAUGUCGGUUGUGGUUGUUGGACGGGAAGGGUUGACUUCUCCCUUUCGGACGUCGGAAGAUUACCUGGCGAUGAGAGAUCAUGCCUUGCAGUCUCAGCACCUGGUACAGGACGACGCCUCGUCUCACAUCAGCGGUCUCAACGACGGGGACUUAGAAGUUGUGCAAGCAGCGCCCGAAGAUGAAGAAUCUUCAGCUUCUUCAACUCCUCGCCAUAGAGCUCCCCCGGCGGGAACUGUAGAACAGCAACAAACGUCGGAGUCUCUUGGCUUACUGGAAUAUGGGUGUGUACACUAUCGGAGAAGAUGCCGCAUUCGCUCUCCUUGCUGCGGCGAAAUUUUUGACUGCCGUCAUUGCCACAACGAAGCAAAAAAUGCGAACGAGCGGGAUCCCAAAAAACGCCACGACCUUCCGAGACAUGCAGUGCAGUCGGUCAUCUGUUCACUCUGCAAUACUGAACAAGAGGUCCGUCAAAAGUGCAUAAACUGUGGAGUGCGAAUGGGGGAGUACUUUUGUGAUAAAUGCAAAUUCUACGAUGAUGAGACCAAGAAAGAGCAAUAUCACUGCGAUUCAUGUGGUAUUUGCAGAAUUGGAGGACGAGAUAAAUUCUUCCACUGCGAGAAAUGUGGUUGCUGUUAUUCAACCGUGUUAGAACAGGGUCAUCCUUGUGUGGAGAAAUCUAUGCACCACAACUGUCCUGUAUGUUUUGAGUAUCUUUUCGACUCGAUGAAAGACAUUACUGUCAUGCCUUGUGGACACACAAUGCAUUUGGAAUGCUUGAAGGAAAUGCAAAAACAUUCUCAGUAUUCUUGCCCAAUGUGCUUGAAGUCUGUCUGUGACAUGACGAAAAUGUGGGAGCGAUUGGAUCAAGAGGUUGCUGCGACACCCAUGCCAGAGGCCUACCUGAACAAACUGGUUUGGAUCCUGUGUAAUGACUGCGGAAUCACGAGUCAGGUUGCGUUUCAUAUACUGGCACACAAGUGCACUCACUGUACCUCCUACAACACACGGCAAACGAGGGGUCCUCCUUCAACAUCACGAUCUUGAGAGGCCUAACCUUAUCACGACCCUUUUGAAACGAAUGCCUAUAACAUACCAUUCUUUUAGACAGGAUAGUUUUCUUUAUCUUGUUUUUGCUUUCUGGCAUGUGAACAUUGAGAUCUUUUAAAACUGAUCUAAGCCGAUCAAUAGUCUUGCAGUCCUGUAGGAAGGCAUAGACAGGUCCUUCGGCAGUAGAAUUAAUUCGGUCAGCAACUGUAAUAUAAGGCUACAAGACCCAAUCAGACGAAGCGGGUUUGCAGCACUGGGUGAAUUUUCUUGCGUAGAAGAAGACAAGGGGGUCGCUAGUUCUAUUUGCUCAAGCAUCAAUACUUUAUUGAGGCCUUCAAAUGAGUGCCUUUAGUUUCAUACGGAUGAAGGCCUACAGCUCAAGAGGCCUGGGACCUGCAUAACACUCGAGGGUGGUAGUCUUUUUAAGUGAUGCUCCGAUCAUCAUCAGCAGAACCGGGAGCGGUAAAAUCUCUGUAACAUUCAUCUUCACAUCUUGAAUGACGUCCACAAACUUGGUCAU